UGUUCAAAAAUCAUAGUUAAUAUUGGAGAAGAUUAUUAUGAGUUGCUUGGAAUCAAAAGAGAUGCCAAUGACAAAGAAAUUAGAAAAGCUUUCAAAAAGCUUGCUGUCACCUUACAUCCAGACAAGAAUACGAAUGAUCCCGAGGCGCAUAAUAAAUUCGUAAAACUCACUACUGCUUAUGAAAUCUUGAAAGAUUCUGAAACCAGAAAGAAAUAUGACAUUUACGGUGAGGAGGGCCUUAGCAAUGGAUAUAAAGCAAAGCAAUAUCAGUCUUGGAGUUACUAUCAGAAUCAGUUUGGCAUAUAUGAUGAUGAUCCUCAAGUAGAAACUCUGAAUAGGCAUGAUUAUAAUGAGAAAGUUUUAAAGUCUGAGAGUAUUUGGUUUAUAAAUUUCUAUUCUCCGAUGUGCAGUCAUUGCCACCAUUUAGCUCCUGUGUGGAGACAAGUGGCUAAAGAACUAGAAGGAGUUGUACGUAUUGGUGCUGUAAAUUGUGAAGAUGACUGGCAUCUUUGUCGUCAAAUAAAUAUCAGGUCGUAUCCCACGCUGCUUUAUUAUUCUAGACAUUCCACGCAUGGUGUGUUGUAUACAGCGGAAAAUACUCGUGAACACAUAAUCAGCUAUGUUUUAAGUAGAUUAGAUGUUAGAGCAUUGCCAAUUAGUACAUCACUGGGCAAACGAAUUAUUCAAGGUCUCGAGGCGACCGAAGGUGCAAGUUUAUUAUUUAUUUGUGGUAUAAACCGCGAUUGUUUUACCACUGAAGAUCAUCUCAAAAUAGCUGCAAUUUUGAACAACAUGGUUACUGUACGAGUCCUCAGAUGUUCGGAUGAUGAAUGUGACGACACGAUUCCACAUGACAUAGGUGUUGCGUUUCAACAUAACAACAAGAACAUGCCUUCAGACCCAGUAUUUUUUGAGGAUAUAGAUGAUGUACAGAUUCUCGCAAGGAAGGUUUUGGAACAAUUACCGGAGCCACAAGAUCUGAGCGAGGAAGAUUUUUUGGGUAUAAGAACACGUCUUCGAUCAGACUUGAAUGCUGGUUGGUUGAUAUGUUUCUACAUAGGGCAUGCUACCCAGUUAGAUGUACAGUUGAAGAAAUUACCUGGUAUUAUACAGAGUAUAAACUUGGGAAAAGUUAACUGUGGAAAAUAUUCAAACCUAUGCAAACGGUUGAAUGUAAAUCACUACCCUGUGUGGGGAGUUCUUAAACCUGGUGGAGCAUUUGAGUUGCACCAUGGAAAAGAUUCCGUUCACGAUAUUGCCAGUUUUGCUACUGAAAGUAUUAGGGCUACAAAUGUACAUAUGCUGUCAGUUGACGAAAUAUUGUCAAUUAUGAACAACAAAAAAGAUAGUGAGGCAUGGCUUGUUGACUGGUUUGCGCCAUGGUGUCCCCCUUGCAUAAGAUUUCUGCCCGAACUCCGCAAAGCAUCUUUACAUUUUGAGCCAUCUGUUGUUCACUUUGGGACAGUGGAUUGCACUGUACAUUCUACUAUUUGUAGACAGUUUAACAUACGCUCAUAUCCGACAGCAAUGUUGGUAAACAACAGUAAUACAAAUUUAUUUUCGGGGGAUAAAAUUGCUGCUAGUCUUGUCGAGUUUAUUACUGAGAUGCAGAACCCUACAGUCAUAAAGUUAACAACAGAUGACUUUCAUCUCAAACUUGGUAAGAAAACGGUUGAUGAAAUUUGGCUCGUUGAUUAUUUUGCACCUUGGUGUGGUCCAUGUCAACAACUAGCUCGACAAUGGACGUUAGUUGCCAAGACUUUGCAAGUCUUGCCACGUGUGCAUGUUGCUUCGGUCAACUGUGAACUAGAACCUUCACUCUGUUCAAGUCAAGGAAUACGUAGUUACCCAACGAUUAGACUGUAUCCUACAGGCAGUAAGGGAUUGAAUCGUGUUGCAUUAUACAAUGGAGCAAGGGACUCUUUGUCCAUAUUGAGUUGGGUAACAGAAUUUCUGCCUGUAAAUGUUAAAAACUUGAAUCUUGAUAAUUUCGAUGACAUGAUCUUACCACGCAAGGAAGCUUGGCUGGUCGACUUUUUUGCUCCUUGGUGUCAUCACUGCAUCGAGCUACAGCCUCAUUAUAACAUCGCAGCGCAGAUACUGGAAGGCAAAGUUCGAUUUGCAAAAGUUAACUGUGAGAAUUACAGAUUAUUGUGUAGAAAAGCGUCAGUACGAGCAUAUCCGACAGUCAUGCUGUACUUUCCUGGUCAAAAAUACAGUAACGAAUAUGAUGGGAGUCAAAUAAAUACUGCAUCAGCUAGUAAAAUUGUAAGGGAUGUUGAAACAUUACUAUCAACAGCUUCAAGAUCAAAACGUGAUGAGCUAUGAUAGGUAUUAAUUUUCGUAUGUGUUGAAGUCCCGAAUUUACCUGAGAAUCUCUACUUAAAAAAGCUACGUUUGAGGGGUUUUUCGCAAUGUUCGCAUGCGCUAGGAAAUUAUAAAGGCAAUAUAUUUAUGUAGCUUGGUCACAAAAUUUUAUAUAUUUUGUAUUAAAUAAAUUAGAAAAAAUCUAGGCAUAGAAAAAUACUGCACUCGUUACUGUGAACUCUUGUCGUUAGUUCAUUACCAUUUAUUUUCUGAUGGGCUUUUUUUUUUACUGUAUAUUAUGAAAGACCGCAUCUAGGAUCAAUUGCAAAUGUUGCCCAAUUGUUAAUAUUUAAAAAAUUAUGGAAGUUAUGUCCAUUUUAGAAUACCGAAUAAUGAUGCUACAAUGAAACGCAAGUGCCUGUAACUUGUUUAUUUUUGAGCGUUUGGUAAUUUUAAAGAAAAUCACAAUGAAGGUUACAUGUUAUCCAUGAACUUCGAUAAUAAACAGAAGAAUUUUAGUUUUGCCAAUGAUCGUAUUUGAUUAGACUGUCAUUGACUGGAAAAUAUUAAAAACUGUUACUGAGUAGAAUUUACAGUACCGUAAUUAGCGUUUUUUGUUCAAAUAGGGUAAUGCUGCAGUCUCUAGGGUCGAACCAAGAAUUUUUCUUUUUCUUUUCAAUAGACAGCAUUUACUAGUACCGUGGAAAUUAUUAUAAAGUGAAAUAUUUAUUUCUCCAAUUAAAAUCAUGUCCACACUGUCCACGUGUAAAGGUAGUUUUUUGAUGUUGCCAAAUAUUGUUAGAAUUAUCGCCACUUUAUUGUAUGCUUUGAAAGAUACUUAAUCUAAAAAUUAUGAAAUUAACCUGGGGUGUCAUAAAGGAAUUAUAAUCAUUUCAACACAACAGUAUAUACAGAAAUAUAUAUUUAUACAGAAUUACUCAUACAACGCUGUUAUAAAGUUCAUAAUAAACAUAUUCACCCAGAGUACAUACAUUACUUAUGUAUUUAUGUUCCUGUGUGAAGUUUACAUAAACAGUGGUCAUUAAAAUAAAUGACAGCUUUCUAUUAUUGUAUUUAGAGUGUGCUG